AUACGGAGCAUGCUCGGGGGGGGGGGGCGGAGACCACAUGUUGCUGCCACUUUGCGUCCAAAGAUCAGCUGGAUUUUCGGUAAUUUGGAGGAACUGCGACAAGCAGAAGCUGGAAUGGCGAGUGGGCUGCGGUACCCGGGCAAGGUCGUCAUAGUAACGGGGGGCACCCGAGGCAUUGGUGAAGGCAUCAUGAGAGAAUUUGUACGCCAAGGAGCCAAGGUGGUCUUCUGUGCACCAGAAUCAGAAGGGGAAAGAGGACAAGCCCUUCAGAGGGAACUGAAGGAUUCUGGGAGCCCUGGGGAGGGCCGCUUCCAGGUCUGUGAUGUCCUCUCUGAAAUGGACAUUAAGAAUUUGGUUUCAGUGACGAUAGAACAUUAUGGACGCCUUGACUGCCUGGUGAACAAUGCAGGAUGGCAUCCUCCUGAACAACAGAUGGAUGAUGUGACUGCACAGGAGUUCCGCCACCUGAUCGACCUCAAUGUUGUAAGCUGCUUCUUAAUGGCCAAGUACGCGCUGCCCUACCUCCGGAAAACAAAAGGGAACCUUAUCAACAUCUCCAGCCUUGUCAGUAUUAUGGGACAAAAGUACGCUGUGCCUUAUGUUGCAACCAAGGGUGCUGUUUCUGCAAUGACAAAAGCCAUGGCCGUAGAUGAGAGUAAACACGGGGUUCGAGUUAACAGCAUCUUACCUGGGAAUAUCUGGACCCCUAUGUGGGAAAAAGCAGCAAGCCAUACAGCCAAUCCAGAAGCAACCAUCCAGGAAGGCAAAAAUGCUCAGCUUUUGGGACGGAUGGGGACCCCAGCAGAAUGUGCAGCUGCUGCUUUGUACCUUGCUUCCGAUGCCACCUUCUGCACUGGUAUCGACCUUGUGCUCAGUGGCGGAGCUGAACUUGGCUACGCCCAGAAGAAAUGGAUGGAAUCCUCUUCUGACUUUGAGAGCUAAUAGGAGCCAGCCGAGACUUCAUCAGGAAGUGGGAGCGCUUCCAUGAUUUCCAGAUGCUUGAGAGAAGAGACUGAGCCUCAACACUAGCUUGUGAAGCUUUCCAAGUUCAUAACUUGCACUCUUAACUGUUACAUUACCAAUGCUGGAUUGGGACUCAGGUCAAGACUUUAGAUGCCAAUACAUACUGACAAUUCAGCAGCUGAUUCUCGUCUCCUGAACAUUCAAUUCUGAACAUAUUUUGGAAACUGCUAUCUUUAAACAAAAGAACAAAUCUGAGGGGCCUUUUUGUAGCUGGAGUUAAGCUGGUAACAAGUCAUGGGGUUUUUUGCUUCAUUGGCUCUAGUUUUCCCAUUUUAAACAGAUCUUAACUGAAUAUUUAAUGUGUGUGUUUUUCCUACUCACUGUUACAUGUCCCAGGCUUUCGGCAGGGCAAUAAAUUUAAAUAAAUGACACCCACCCAGAUAACUGGACUGGGGAGUGUUUGUGCAUA